AUGGCUUCAAUCCCCGCAGGCGAAAACUGGACCGACGGGACGGCGGGAGUGGGAACCCAUACAGGGAAUCUGAGCGCCGCGCUAGGGGUCACUGAGUGGCUCGCGCUCCAGGCUGGCAACUUCUCAUCGGCGCUGGGGUUGACAGCGACAUCCCAGGCACCUUCCCAGGUCCGGGCCAACCUCACGAACCAGUUCGUACAGCCGUCCUGGCGGAUCGCGCUCUGGUCUCUAGCCUAUGGCUUAGUGGUGGCCGUGGCAGUCUUCGGAAACCUCAUCGUUAUCUGGAUCAUCCUGGCCCACAAGCGCAUGAGGACAGUCACCAACUAUUUUCUGGUAAACCUGGCUUUCUCCGACGCCUCCGUGGCUGCCUUCAACACCUUGGUCAAUUUCAUCUAUGGUCUUCACAGCGAGUGGUACUUUGGCGCCAACUACUGCCGCUUCCAGAACUUCUUUCCCAUCACAGCAGUGUUUGCCAGCAUCUACUCUAUGACAGCCAUUGCGGUGGACAGGUAUGUGGCCAUUAUUGAUCCUCUGAAACCCAGACUGUCGGCCACGGCCACUAAGAUCGUCAUUGGAAGUAUUUGGAUUUUGGCAUUUCUACUUGCCUUCCCUCAAUGUCUUUAUUCCAAAAUAAAGGUCAUGCCAGGCCGUACUCUUUGCUAUGUGCAGUGGCCAGAUGGUCCCAAGCAACAUUUCACGUACCACAUCAUUGUUAUCAUCCUGGUAUACUGUUUCCCACUGCUCAUCAUGGGUGUCACCUACACCAUCGUUGGAAUUACUCUCUGGGGAGGAGAGAUCCCGGGAGACACCUGUGACAAGUACCACGAGCAGCUGAAGGCUAAACGAAAGGUUGUAAAAAUGAUGAUUAUUGUGGUGGUGACGUUUGCCAUCUGCUGGUUGCCCUACCACGUGUACUUCAUUCUCACGGCCAUCUACCAACAGUUAAACAGGUGGAAAUACAUCCAGCAGGUCUACCUGGCCAGCUUCUGGCUGGCAAUGAGCUCAACCAUGUACAACCCCAUCAUCUACUGCUGUUUGAACAAAAGAUUUCGGGCAGGCUUCAAGAGAGCUUUUCGAUGGUGUCCUUUCAUCCAGGUCUCCAGCUACGAUGAGCUGGAGCUCAAGACCACCAGGUUUCAUCCCACACGGCAGAGCAGCCUGUACACCGUGAGCAGGAUGGAAUCAGUGACCGUGCUGUUUGACCCCAGUGAUGGGGACCCGGCCAAGUCCAGCCGCAAGAAGAGGGCGGUGCCCAGAGACCCCAAUGCCAAUGGCUGCUCCCACAGAGAUUCCAAAUCUGCCUCCACCACAUCAAGUUUCAUAAGCUCACCCUAUACCUCUGUGGAUGAAUAUUCCUAA